AUGUUUAAUAAAUGGUUUAAACCUACAAUCCCAAUAUUGCGAAUCAAUUCAGGAAUUGAUCAUAAUAGUGCUAAAUUGGUUGAGGAAUCCUUAAAGCCACUUACUAGAAUGAAAGCCCUAGCAGUUGUCGUGAAUUCGACUGGAGGUUUGCUUGUAUAGGGAGAAUUAAUGAAAAAGAAAAUAGAAUUAUUUGCUAAAACUCAUAAAAUACCUCUUUACACAUUUGCAGAAGAUUCUGCAUUGUCAGCUGGAUAUUAUUUAUUAUCAAUUGGAAAUAAGAUAUUUGUUGAUGAAGCAUCUAUGGUUGGUUCAAUUGGAGUGUUGUAUUUGAAUCUGAGUAUUGAUAAGCUAACCAGAAAAUUAGGCUUUGAACCCCGAAAGUUUUCUUCAAAUAAAAAGCUUUUCUUAAACAUCACAGGGUUAAAUGAUGAAAGAGAUGAGGAGAUGGAGGGAAUAGUAAAGGAUUAAUUUGGAAUAAUGAGAUAAUAAUUUUUUGAUCAUUGUGAUAAAUAUAGACCACAAUUAUAAAAAUAAGAUGCGGAUGUUAAGGAUUUAAUUUAUAAUGCCAAUAUAUUUACUGGGAUAGAGGCAGUUAAAUAUGGAUUGGCUGAUGAAAUUGGAAAUUUUGAGGAAGUGUUGAAUCGCUUACAUCCUGAUUGCUAAUUAAGAGACAUUACUAGAAUACCACUUGCUUAAUAUUACAUAAUGAAGUAAUAGUCAUAAUGA